CAUGUCUAAGUUUGGAUUCAGCUGUUAUGGGCCAUCAAUUUACAACUUUAGUUAAAACAUGGAUUCAUGAUCUUUCACCAAACCUGCUCUUUCUCCUUGGUCUUCAGUUUGCUUUCCAUUUAUUUGCAUUUCUUUUAUUCUAGCUUGCAGCUUUUUUGCAUAAUAUAAAAAUAUAGCAUGCCAUGUUAAAUUCUUCAUAGUAGUUUUCUUUGGACCAAAAUUGUUUCCUUGGCUUCAUUUUUGGGUAGACAUUUGACUUUCUUCACUCUUCUUUAAGGUAACCUUUCUAUAUAAUAGUAAAAAAUGUAAAUAUAUUUAUCUAACAGUUAUUAUCUUAAAAACCACUUUUUUCCCCCCCUCUGAAUCCUUAGUUGCACAUUGGAAAUGUUUAUGAGGCUGGAAAAUUGAACCUGUUAACAGUUAUUCAGUUAUUAAAUGAAGUCUUGAAAGUAGUGAAAUGUGAACGUUGUCAGGCCGACCCAGCAAGACUGACAAUAGACCUUCACUUCCUUGAAAAGGAGACCAAACUUCAGAGAGAGAGAUUAGCAGAUCUGAAGCAUAUGAGGUGUAAAAUCAAAGAAGAUCUCACCAGUAUAAAACAUUCUGUUGUUGAAAAACAAGGAGAAUGGCAUAAGAAGUGGAAAGAAUUUCUUGGUCUGUCUCCUUUCAGUCUAAUUAAAGGUUGGACUCCAGCUGUGGAUCUUUUACCACCAAUGUCUCCUCUUUCAUUUGAUCCUGCUUCAGAAGAAGUAUAUGCAAAGAGUAUUCUUUUGCAGUAUCCUGCUUCACUUCCAGGUUGGUUAUUUCUUUUUCUCUCUCUUAAACCUCCUUCCCAUCAGUAUUUCUCACUAUGAUAGCAGUUUCUUUACAUUUUUGUCUUGUGUUCCCCCCCCCAUUAUUUUUUAUUGUGGUGAAAUGCACAUUGCAUUUGAGUCAUUGCAGUGUACAACUCAGUAGCAUUUGGUAAGUUUACAAAAUUGUGCAACCAUCACCACUUUUUAGCUCCAAAAUAUUUUUAUUAUGUUGAAAGGAAAUCCUAGGGGCUC